AUGGAAAGAACUCAAGAACUCAAUGUAAAUGGUCAGCAGAACAUAGAGGCACACCUGGCAGACCAUGAAGAACGGAAUAACACCAUGGAGAUAGAAUCAUUUCCCAUACCUCAACCAAAGAAUUAUAAAAGGUGGCUUCGUAUAUCAAUUUAUGUAUUCUUUGUCCUCUCCUGCCAAGCACUUUCCACAAUUCUUGGAAGAUUGUACUUUGAAAAUGGUGGUAAGAGCACAUGGAUGGGAACACUUGUCCAGCUAAUAGGCUUCCCUGUUCUGUUUCUCUUCCGCUUCUUUUCGAAAAUCAAGAUACCAAAAUCAACAGAUACAAGCUUUAGACAGUUCCCAUCCUUCAUCACCCUUGGAUCAGUUUACAUUGUCACUGGUCUAAUAGUGUCUGCUAACUCUUACAUGUCUUCUGUUGGGUUGCUCUACUUACCAGUUUCAACUUUCUCCCUCAUCUUAGCAUCACAACUAGCCUUCACUGCCUUCUUCUCAUACUUCCUAAACUCUCAGAAGUUCACACCUUUCAUCAUCAACUCCUUGUUUCUCCUUACUAUCUCCUCUGCUCUCCUUGUUGUCAACACUGAUGCGUCACAAAGCACAUCAAAUGUUUCUAGAGUAAAGUAUGUGAUAGGGAUCAUAUGCACAAUUGGUGCUUCUGCUGGUAUUGGACUGCUUCUAUCUCUGGUACAACUGAUCCUCAGGAAAGUCUUAAAGAACCAUACAGUCUCAACGGUUAUGGACUUGGUCGCUUACCAAUCUCUAGUUGCAAGCUGUGUGGUUCUCAUAGGACUUUUUGCAAGUGGGGAGUGGGAAACUUUGACAAGUGAGAUGGAGAGCUACAAACUUGGGAAAGCACCAUAUGUUUUGACUUUGGCCUCCAUAGCUAUUUCAUGGCAAGUCUACACCAUUGGUGUUGUGGGACUGAUUUUUGAGUCGUCUUCUGUGUUCUCUAAUUCCAUAACUGCUGUGGGACUGCCUAUUGUUCCAGUUGUGGCAGUGAUAGUUUUCAAAGAUAAAAUGAAUACGUCGAAGAUCUUCUCUAUCAUUUUGGCUAUUUGGGGCUUCAUUUCAUUCGUCUAUCAGCACUACCUAGAUGAAAAGAAGUUGAAGCUUAGCCAUGCAAAUCCUGUAGAAGGUUCUCGUCUACCAGUUGAUGAAGGUCACACAAACAUACAAAUUGUAUAA